AUGUGGGCAAUAUUGUCUAUAUCAUUCGAAUCUGUGAUGCCAUUUAUCACGGUCAUUUUCGAUAAUUUAGGCGAAAAAUCGUUAUUUCGAUAUUCGAAGUUCGAAGUCCAAAGUUCGACAUUCGAUGUUCGAUGUUCCAAUUCGACUGACUCUAGUUUGGAGGUAUUGGGGGCGUUGGCCCCUGAUGAACAUGGCAAGGAUUCUCAACGGUUGGACCGUGCAAACUGCGGCCUCCGGCAAGUACCCUUGACACUUAUCCGAGUUCUGAAUCCUGAUGGACGAUCCCCUAGCGAUCUAGAGUUUCGACAGCUGCAAGGACUUUUUGAUAUCUAUGCAGAGUGCUCGGCGUCAAUUUGGUUUGCUGUGAUGUAUACUCCCGUACACUUUGAUAGAUACCCAGGACGAUGGAGAGCUCUAAGCGAAACCCUCGAGCUGUUCCCUCUCCCUACCAUAAUCUCACCAGCAGAGGAGUAA